AGCCGCAUGGAAAAAGUCGCAUCUCGCCUGCAAGUGCCAUAUGCUGCAGCCGCUGUUUCGUUGUUUUGCAUCCUGACAGUAGCGGUGGUGCUGCCAGUUUUGCAUAUUCAGCUUGACAGGGCUCAAGCUAGACUGCAGAAUCGAAUGGAUUCCUUCAAACACACCGCACGCAAUAUUUGGCAAGACAUCGUUUUAGUGAAAAGUCAUGGUAGAAUCCGACGUCAGGGAUACGGUAGUUACGAUGCUUCCGGAGACAAUCAACAGUGCACUUCUUGCGUGCAGCUGCAGUGCCCACCAGGACCACCUGGUCCACCCGGAGUCAAUGGUGAACCCGGAAUGGAUGGCGCACCGGGACGCCCAGGAAAACCUGGACUCGAUGGGCUCGAUGUACCUCUAGAUCCUGAGCCAAGCUUUCCAUGCGUAAUAUGCCCCGCAGGGCCCCCAGGAAAUCGGGGACCUCAGGGAGAAACUGGCCGUCCUGGUGUUCCCGGUGAACCUGGACAUCCCGGCUUACCUGGGCGACCAGGUAAGCCAGGACGUGUUGGUGAUGCCGGACCCCAAGGAGAACCUGGUGAACAAGGCGAACCUGGCAUCAAGGGACCUCCUGGUGACGACUCCAUUGGAGGUACUGGAGUGAAGGGACCACCAGGGCCACCUGGCCCUCGUGGACCGAAAGGUCCUCCUGGCGCAAAUGGUAUGCCAUCCCAAAAUCCUGGUCCUGCUGGACCAAUAGGAGAGAUGGGACCUCCAGGUCCUCCUGGGCCACGUGGAGAACCUGGGCCACCUGGACCAUUCGGACCUCCUGGAGAUGCCGGAGAACCCGGUGGCCACUGUCCUUCUUCGUGUGGGGUUCAAGAAAUAGUUGCACCCUCUGUUUCUGAGCUGGACACCAACGAAUAUCCACAACAGAACUACGCUCAAGGAAGCGGUCGAGGAGGGUACGGCGCUGGCUACGGAAAAUAGAUCGUUCUAUAUCAGUAGCAGUAUCCAUCGACAUAAAAAAUUAUACUUUCUGUUUACAAUGUCUACUCGAGUAGAUAUAUUUAUUGCAGUGUUAUAUGUACAGGGCGGUCAAUCCUGCUUGGAAGUAGAACUGUCAUGUGCGAUUUCAUUGUGUUUUGCGUUAGCAAUAUCCACAGGUUUUGGCGCAAGUCUCUCGUUUCUGAGAAUCGCUGUAGAAUAGGCUUUGACAGAAUCCAUUCUUUUUCCAACCCGCACAACUAAAUGAGACGAACAGUCAUAAUUUUUUUUAUACUACCAGGCUAUGUACUAACCCUUUCCCGUUAUCCACGCAUGUUCCAGGGCUAUUGGUGAAUCCUCCAGGUUGGGUUGACUCUAAAGGGGACAAAUAUGACUUUUUACAG